AUGUCAACAACAUCCAAUCGCAGUCCUGGAUGUUUUCGUGGUUAUACAAAUGAACAAAAAAUCUUACGUGCUAAACUUGCUCAACUACUUAAAUAUACACGUGAUUUAAAAACUAAUGUGAUGAAACAAUCAUGUAAAGUUUUACAACCGAAUAAUGCUACUAAUAUUAUUCGUCAAAUAAUUGAUCAAAUGCAUGGUGAUCUAGACGAAUAUAAACGAAAAUUUGAUCGUGAACUUGGUCGUAUACAUGACAUAUGCGAUGCCUUAGGAAAUAGCCAAUCGACAACGAAUAAUAGAGAAAAUCUUCAGGAUGAAAUUCUUGAAGCACUGCGUCGUUCACCAACAUAUUCGUCACUUGAACAACAUAUUUUUGAUGACACACGGCCGCGAAUUCGUGUGAAACCACGUGAAAGAAUUCAUCCAGGACAAAAUCAAACAAUACGAAAACAAUUUCAUUCAACGGAUGCUAUAAAACGUAAAGCAUCACAACCAAUAGCUUUACCAGUAUUGAAUACGUCAAGUAUGUCUGGUACGAAACGACGAUCACAAGUUGAUGCAUUUCGACGUUCAAGAUCAUUUACAAACAUUGAACAUACUGAAACACAAUUAGGUAUGGAUUAUGUUGAAGAAGAUGAAAGUGAUCUUGGAUGGAAACCAUUUGGACCAAAACGAACAAUAUCACAAGUUAGUCUAGCAUCAACUAAUAAUGAACAAUCAAAUGAUGAACAACUAUCUGCAACAUCAACUUCAAUAAUAAAUCAACCAAUAGCAACAACGUCGACUACAGAAAAAUUGAAACCACCUGCAACUUGUGAUAAUGAUUCAUCAGAUGAAGAAUUCGAUGUUGCAUGGGAACGUCGUGCAAAACAAAAAGCUAGAAAAGAAACAGCACCAGCUCCAACCGUUGAAUCACCAGCAAAACGAACAGUUCGUUUUGCACUCUCCGCAGAUGAACCAAUCGACGUCAUCGAACUUGAUUUUGAUGAAACAACACAAGAUGGUUUACAAGAAGCAAAAGAUCAAAACAAUAAUAAUGAUAAAGAACAAACCAUAGUGGUCAAUCUUGAUGAUGAUGAUGAAACAACCGAUGCACAAAGUCAAAUAACAACGAGUUCAAUUGCACUAUCGUCAUCUCAACCAAUUAGUAAUCAAGAAGAUGAUAGUCUGAUAAUUGACGACAGUGAUGAUGAAGUAAUUGCCUUAAGUGAUGAUGAGUUACCGAGAAAAUCGAGAAUUUCAAUGCGAACACUUCCUUGGACUUCGUCUGAAAUUCAAAUCACCGCUGGAAAUUCUCAAUCGCAAUCCUUACAUAAUCCAUAUCGUGUUGGCAUUGCUGAUCCAAGUUUACGAUCAUUAUUUUUACCAUCACCAUCCAGUUCUCAAACGAUGUCAGGAUCCAAUAGUGGAAAUAGAAGAAACCAAAGUGGGAGUCGAAAAACAACAUCUUCAAAACGUACAACUACUACUAGCAAAUGA